UGAAUUUCAUUCCGGAUGCGAACCUCAAAUCCAUCGAGUGAGUUCCUGGGACAAGGGCAGUCUGAUCAAAACAAAAACAGCGCACUUUAGCGGCAGUCUGUCAGUGGACGCGCACUGACAUCUAAUUGUGCUGUUUCAUCAUGCUUCUGAAAACAUGUUGCGUGUACUGCACCGGGGUAUUUUCUAUGCUAAUGCUGAUUCUCGGCAUCGCUUUGGCUUUGUCUGGUGUGUUUCCACAUUUACUGCAGUCGUUUGUUAAAACGGAGGUUGUCCUUAAAAAUGGAACAGAUGCGUUUGAGGCUUGGGCAGAUCCUCCUGCGCCUAUAUACAUGCAGUUUUACUUCUUCAAUCUCACCAAUCCCUCAGAGGUACUCAAAGGGGAAAGGCCGGCUGUGGUGGAGCUGGGACCGUACACAUAUAGAGAGUAUCGACCCAUGGAAGAUGUGGCCUUUCUGGAAAAUGGCACUAAAGUAGCAGCUGUCAAUACUAAGACGUACAUUUUCCAGCUCAACAUGUCACGAGGACCAGAGAGUGACCUCAUCCGGACCGUUAACAUCCCUGCUGUGACUGUGAUGGAGAUGUUCAAAGACUCGUCCUUAGAAGCCAACCUGAUUUCUGCCUACAUGAAGUCUACUGGUGAAGGCCUGUUCACCACCCGCACCGUGGGAGAGCUCCUGUGGGGAUAUGAAGAUGGUUUACUCAAAGCCCUCAAACUUUUCAGACCUGGCUUGGAUGAUGUUUUUGGACUCUUCUAUAAGUCCAAUGCUUCAAACGAUGGACAGUAUGUGUUCUUCACUGGUCAGCAGAACUACAAGGAUUUUGCUCGCGUAUCAACAUGGAAUGGUGAAAACUCCUUGAACUGGUGGACAUCGGAGGAGUGUAACAUGAUUAAUGGAACCAAUGGUGCCUCUUUUCAUCCGGUUAUCACCAAAAACGAGCUGCUCCCCAUGUUCUCCUCUGACCUGUGCAGGUCUUUGUAUGCCGAGUAUGAGGACGAUGUGAUCGUGAAAGGGAUCCCCGGGUAUCGCUUCAUCCUCCCCAGUGAGGUGUUUGCCAACAAGAGCGUGAACCCGGCCAACGCAGGCUUCUGCGUGCCCGCGGGAAACUGCCUCGGCUCUGGCCUGCUCAACGUCAGUGUGUGUAAACAAGGAGCCCCCAUCAUCAUGUCCUCGCCGCACUUCUACCAGGCAGACGCGAAAUAUGCUCAGAGUGUUUUCGGCAUGAAGCCUGUGAAGGAGCACCACGAGACGACUAUUGAUAUCAACCCGCUUACAGGAUUCCUCCUCCGAGCGGCUAAGCGCCUCCAGAUCAACGUCUACGUGGAGCAAAUUGAAACCUUCAGUCAAACAGGAAAUGUGAGGACGGUCAUCUUCCCGGUGGUUUAUCUCAAUGAGAGCGUCCUCAUUGACGACGCGUCGGUCCAGAAGCUGCAUACAGUCGUCGUUGAGAAGAACGUGGUGGAGAACAUCCCGUUCAUUCUGAUUGGUCUCGGUGUCCUUCUGGGGGGAGUCUUCAUGAUCCUCGUGUGUCGACAGAAGGUCCCUGAGAGCACCGUUGCAGAGCGUCAGCCCCUUCUGUCCUCGUAAGAACCAAACAGACAGUGGAGAAAACGGCUGGUGUGUCUGCAGUGUUACUUCAACGGUUUUUGUGUCUCCAGUGUUUCGGACAUUAAUCCUCAGCAACCACUGAUAACCAGUAUCUUUCCAAGCUGUUUGUGUACCUAAAUAAGAAGGUCUGUGCUUGUAUCUCACAUCUAACAAGAAAUGCCGUUACUGUCUUUUUUUAUUGGUUCUACCAUUUUUUUAAGCAGCUUUCUACAAUUUUUGAAGUAAAUGUAAAAGUUUGAAUUGUUGGGGGGGGGUAAAGCAAUUCAUAUGAAAAACCUGACAAUUUAAUCACUUUUUUAUGUCUGUUUUCUGUUUAUAUGCAUAGGACAACUAACUGCAGAAAAGUUUCCCAAAGACUUUUGCAAACCAAUACAGAAUUUAAUUUAAAUGUUAUUGUUUGUAUGUAUGUUUUGUGAAAAAUAUUGCUUCUAAAGCCUGGAUUUUUUUUUUUUUUUACUAAGCAUGUUGCACUGAAAUAACUUUAAUAAUGCAUUUUAGUUUCCAUUUUUGUAUUCAUUUUAAUUUUAUUUCACACAAAGCAGAAUUUAUAAAGUGUCUUAAGAUAAAAAACGAAUGUUUUUAAUCAUUAUAAAUGCCCUGUUUUUUAUAGUAUUUGCCCUUUAACAAUUACUUCCUGGAUGAUAAAAUUGAAUGUUUAAUGAAUGGGAAAAAAAUUGUUUGGACAAACAUUAUUAGGAGAAUUACAAAGUUAUGGUAAAAUGAACUGUGAUGAUGCAGCGUCCACUUUUGUUCAAAAACUUUCCUGAAGAUUUUGAAGUGUUUUAUGGCAUCUUCACGUCCUUUUAGGAAAAAAAAUCAGGUCAGAAUCAGAUGAAGGACUGAUAAAAGAAUUAUUGAGCAGUUUUUACGAGGUUGAAAGUGCUUUAUUGUCCAAAAUCUUUUGUUAAAUAUGAAAUUGGCUCUUUACUGUAGCUUAAAAACAGCCCAUACCAUGAUACAUCUUCCCUCACAUUUACUUUCUCAGCUCGCGGGAGCAGCCAAUGUUGCUUGUAUUUUUCCAAAUCUUUUUAAAUGUAAACGCAGAAGCAAAUAUGUACUCAUCUGUGAUAUUACAACUCUCAAACUAUUGCUAAAAAUAAGUCUUGAUGGUUUUGUCCACAAAGUGUUUUUUUUUUUCUCUUUACAGACAUAUCUCUUCCGUUUCAGUUUUUUCAUGUUUUUAGUGGUGAAAUUUCCAAGUAUAGAAAGUUUGCACCACUAACCCAUGUGAACAUCAGUAACACGUACAAACUGUGGAUGUGUGCUCAGCAUUUCAUGCAAAUUACCAAUAAAUGUGUGUGUAAAUUAUCAA